GCAGCUACCUUCACACUGACUCCGCGUGUUGAUGCUGAAGAGAGGAUCGAGGAGAAACAAGUUUUUCGCAUCGCAGAGCCCCAAACUCAGGCCGAACCCACAGAAAAAAUGGACAUGAAGAAGAGGGUCUCGUUAGAACUGAGGCACCGGUCGCCCACGGAGGUCCAGGAGCUGGUUCUGGAUAACUGCCGCUCCAGCGAAGGAAAGAUCGAAGGAAUCACAGAAGAGUUCUCGAACCUGGAGCUGCUCAGCCUCAUCAACGUGGGCCUGACCAGCGUAGCGGACGUCCCCAAGCUGGGCAAACUCAAAAAGUUGGAGUUGAGCGACAACAGGAUAUCUGGAGGCCUGGAGGUCCUGGCGGAGCGACUGGUCAGCCUAACGCACCUCAACCUGAGCGGCAACAAGUUCAAAGACAUCAGCACCCUGGAGCCGCUGAAAAAGUUGCCCCAGCUGAAGAGCCUGGACCUGUUCAACUGCGAGGUGACCAACCUGGCCGACUACCGGGACUCCAUCUUCAAGCUGCUGCCUCAGCUCAUCUACCUGGACGGGUACGACGCCGAUGACUGCGAGGCCUCCGACUCGGACGGCGAAGGAGACGGAGUCGAGGACGAGGACGAAGACGGCGAAGAGGGAGAAUCCGAGGACUUCGAGGAGGAAGAGGAGGACGAGGAAGACGUGGUGGCCGAAGACGACGACGAUGACGACGACAGCGGAGACGAUGAGGACGGGGAGGUGAACGGAGACGUGGACAGCGAGGACGACGAUGAGGAUGACGACGACGAGGAGGACGACGACGAGGACUCGUCUCCGGCCAAAGGAGAGAAGAGGAAGAGGGACCCCGAGGACGACGACGAUGAAGACGAUGAUUAAAGACUCCCUGAACCCCCGCUGACCUCCCGCCCAGCCUCCCACCAACGCUCCUCCUCCUCCUCCUCCGCUCGGUCCACUGCAUCCCGUUUCCGAAGCCGGUCUCCUCCCGACCGACGCCGUCAACUUCUAGAUUACCUCGUUAAUCGCUCAGUCCGUCAUAGUUCACGAUCCAGACCUCGCUCCCCUUGAUUGUCCUCGUCACAACAGCCGACAGAGCCCCGAGAAUGCAACGAAGCCCGUUAGCGACGCGACGAACGUUUCAGUGUUUCUGAGACUCCCUCACGUUACUCCUUUACGUCUUCUGUUUUUGUUUUUUUUGUGAACUCAGGAAAGUUUGUCAGAAAUCGACGCCUUUGAGUACGUUUUGUCCGGCCAACGUUUCUUUAAAAAGAACCCAAAUUUAUGACAAAAAAAAAACCUGCAUUGUAUCUUGAUAUUUAGCAUUUUUGUUUGGAAACCUGAAAAUUUAAGUUGAAAAAAAAAAUCAUGUAGCAAUGUCCAUCUUCAGUUUUAGACAAAGCAAAGUCUCAGUUAAGAGAUAAAAACUUUUUUCUUUUUUUUUGCAUCUUCUGGUGUUUUUCAGGAUUAAGUCAUCGAGCCUCGUCUCUCCCCGUCGAAAUAAAACAAGAUUUGUUAAACCUCAACUCCAAAACCCUGCUUUUUGUAAGAGCCAGAAGUGUCUCAGAGGCGAGUGCAGGUUCGAAUUAACCGAGACGCUUAUUUUGCAGUCAGAACAAAAACUUCAAACAAAACCAUCAGGUUCCCGAGAAAACUUAGCAAUAAGCUUUCCAGUGAAUUCCACGAUCGGAAGUUGUGUUUUUUUGGUGUUGCAGUUUUUUGCAUGAGAAUAAAACUUCCCCAAGAGCCCAAAACAUGAAAAACACAUGAAUUAAAAUGGCACCAGUGAACGGAAAUAACGAGGGACAACCAAACCUUUUGAUUCCUAAUUUCCCCGCCUCCUCCGUUCCUUCUUCCUCAACGCGCCUCUCUGACAUCAUCACUCUGGGACUGAACCAGCAGCUCUGAUGUCAUCACCGUGCUCCAGACGAGCUUUGUGAUGUCAUCGACGUGAACAUCCGAGACCCCCCUGAAAACCCCCCCUCCUCCAUCCCUCUUCCCUCAAGGCCGAGCGCGCUCAGGGCAAACUGUGUUCUCUCUUUUUUGCCAACAGAGCUUUUUAAAAGAAAUAUUUUUUCAGAGAAAGUGUUUUUUUUUUGUUUAAUUUUGUAUGGUUGUCUGGGGACACGCUCUCUCUCUGGUUCCCUUUCCCUCCGCCUCCCUCUUUGUCUCUGCCUUGUUUCAUUUCUUCCUGCUCAGAGAGAUCCAGUCGUUCCUUCACUCUUACACUGACUAGUCGAGUUUGUGUUUUCUUUUUUUUUUUUUUUACUUUCUGUAAGUUAAAUGAAAAACAAACAAAAAAAAAACAUACAAAAAGGACUUUGUAAAUAAAAUCUUAACAUUUUGCUCCUGG